AUGGGACAACCGCCUCUUCAUGCAGAGAAAUUCCACAUUCAAGGAGGGGAUAUUGUCAUUCCUGUCCUCGGUCCAACUGGAUCUGGGAAGAGCACGUUUAUAAACCACCUUCUUGGGACAGAGAGUAUGGAAGUUGGCCACCAGACGACUUCUUGCACCACAGAGCCCUGCCCCGGUAUUAUUAUACCCAUUCCCAAUUUUCCGAACCUCAGGGACCGCCGUUUGGUCAUUCUUGACACCCCUGGUUUCGACGAUACCUACACAAAGGAUCCAGUCAUCGUGAAAAAUAUUGCCGACUGGCUGUCCCAGUAUCGCCGCAAAGGUGCCUCGAUAGGCGGAGUUCUCUACCUACACGACAUAUCUACCAGGCGCUUCACAAGUACGCCAAACAAGAACCUACAUACGCUUUGCCAUAUUUGCGGGGAUGCCAGCCUGAAGCGCACCAUUAUGGUGACCACGAAUUGGGACUCCAUUACUAACAAUGUCCUGAGUGAGCGCGAAGAAGAGAUGAAGGCUAGACACUGGAAUGGAAUCAUUGAGAAGGGGGCCUGUGUACGCCGAUUCUUGCUGGGAAGUUCGGAAUCCGCUUGGGACAUUAUCAAUGUCCUACUUAGACGUGCAGAUGGUCCUCCAGGAGUCCUUCAAAUACAGGAAGAGAUGGUGGACAGGGGUAUCGGCUUCCAGAAUACUGAAGCAGGAGGAAAUUUGCUUCGUGUUGCUGAGAAGAAAAGGGAACAGGAGAGGCAGCAGGAGAAAACAUUCAAGAAGAAGUCACUUUGCGUCGUCCAAUAA